AUGACUAUUCAACAUCUUCUAUUUAUCAUUACUAUUACCGGUAUUGGUAGUACAUCGAACAUUCGAAAUAUUAAUGGAGAAAUCGAUUCAACUAUAUCAUUUCAAUGUGAAAUUGAUGCAUUACCUUUUAAUACUGUUAUAACUUGGGUUUAUCGACCAAAAGUACAUAAAAUCAAUGGUAUAAAAUGGUUACCAUUAUAUGCUAAUGCACGUCGUUUAACACAAAAUAAUCAACGUUUUAUUGUUGAUUACAGUGGUUAUAAUGAACAAACAAAAAAAUAUUCAUCUAUAUUAACAAUUCAUCAAUUAAAAUUAUCUGAUGAAGGAAUUUAUAUGUGUAAAUCAAAUCAAUAUCAAUCGAUACCUUCUCUAUUUAAUAUAACAAUUUCUCCAUCCAUGAAGAUUUUACCAAAAGAUGGUAUUAUUGAAUUAAAUCAUAUUCAACGAUCAAUUAAUUUAUCAUGUACAGUACGUGAAUUAUCAAUGCAUACAAUUGAUCCAUUACGUAUUAAAUGGUAUCAUAAUCAUCAUGAAAUACCGAAUUCACAUUUGAUGGAAAAUUUAUCAUUACAUACAAAUCAAGCAACAUUAAUUUUAGAUAUUCAACAUUUAUCAUUGAAUGAUUCGGGAUUAUUUAAAUGUGUCUAUGAUAAUGGAAAAGCAAGCAAAGAUGUUCAAAUUUUCUAUACAUCUUCUGGUAAAUAA